AUGACCGAUUUAAAAAUAAAACAUGUAAAAACUUCAGUUUAUCACCCACAAAGUAAUGGAAAGAAUGAAAGAUCACACAAGAAGAUUAACGAAUAUUUAAGUAUUUAUGCGCAAAAAGAUGAAUGGGAUAAAGAGUUACCUAAAGCAAUGUUAACAUACAAUAUGACAAUAAACAGAAUUACAGGAUUUUCUCCGUUUGAACCACAGAAUGGCAGAAAAGCAAGAGAAGCAUUUGAAACAGCAAACAAAAUAACGAACCUCGUAAAGAAAAACGAAUUAAAACAAUUAGAACAUGAAAACAAAUUACAUGUUGCAAGAAGAAAAAUCAACGAAUCUCAAAGAAAACAAAUUCUGACUGAUAAAAAGACAAUUGCAGUCGGUGAACAAAUAUUGAUAAGAAAUCAUAUGAGAAAAAAAGGAGACCCUUUGUGGUUAGGACCACAUGUAGUUUUGCAUAAAAUUAGGAAUACAUACACGAUAGAAAAUAAUAGAAAGGUACAUAAAGAAGAUAUUAAGAAAUAUUUUGUUUUAGAUAGUGAAGAAGACGAUUUGGAUGACGACAACAAUGGCAAUUCUGAUGAAGAUUUUGAUAAUGAACCUCGUGCUGGUUGUAGCAGAAACUGA